AUGAAAGGUCCUCCCUUGUCAUUGGACAACAGCGCAUAUUCCCAGUUGAUAGCAGGGCCGUCUAAUUCUGUUAUUUAACGUAGUUAACUAUCAUUGCUGAUCUUCAUGCAUGGCAAGGGGUCUCUUCACCACCUGUUGAUUACGUAUUCAGACUUCUGAUUUUUAACAUCUUAACAAUGAACAAAUGUCAGGCGACACCUAGUCGUAUCCUUACUGACGUUCCGUGUAGAGUGUGUCAGGACCAUUCGUCUGGUAAACACUACGGCAUAUACGCCUGUGACGGCUGUGCUGGAUUUUUUAAGAGAUCUAUCAGAAGAAAUAGACAAUAUGUGUGUAAAUCAAGGAAUCCCAAUAAAUGUCCUGUGGACAAGACGCACAGAAAUCAGUGCAGAGCCUGCCGCCUUAACAAGUGCGUGAAAGCAGGAAUGAACAGAGAUGCUGUUCAACAUGAGCGGGGACCUAGGACGUCCACAUUGCGCAGACAAGUCGCCAUGUACCUUCGGGAAUCCUCAGACUACACAACCUUGUUGUCCGGAACCCCUCUACCUUCUCCAUAUUUUGCCACUUCCUUCUAUAGUGUAAACCCACCAGGGAUGUGUGAAUCGGUGAUGAUGUCCGGUGCUACCUCCUCACCCUCUACCCCAGCAACAUCGUCAUCUGUCCUCGUACAUCCCACACCAAGGUACCCACCUGACCUCAGCGGUUUCACCUUCCCAACAAACUCGGCCGACUCCGUCUGUGAGACCGCGGCAAGGAUCUUGUUCAUGACUAUCAAAUGGACCAAGAGUAUUCCAGCUUUUGUAGGACUCCCACAUCGGGAUCAAUUGCUUCUUCUGGAGGAGAGCUGGAGGGAUUUGUUUAUUCUCAGUCUCGCACAAUUUCGCCUGCCUAUUCAACCACACCUCCUUAUCACAGCUUCUGGUGUGUCACCAAACAAUAAGAUGACACCAGAAAGAAUGACUGCUUGUAUGUUAGAAAUCCGAGCGCUGCACGAUGUCAUCGAUAAAUUCAAACCACUAAAUGUUGAUCCAACGGAGUACACAUGUUUAAAGGCAAUAGUUAUCUUCAAGACAGCUUUAAGAAAUCCCGUAAAUGAAUUGAAAACGCUACGAGACAGUCAUGCAGUUGCCCUUCUACAAGAUCAAGCACAGGUAACCCUCAGCAAAUACAUAGAAACGGCGUACCCGUCACAACCGUUCCGCUUCGGCAAACUUCUGCUGCUGUUGCCGCUGUUGCAGACGAUAUCAUCUAAAGCCAUUGAAGAUAUGUUUUUCAAAAAGACGAUAGGACAUGUGCCAAUAGACAAAUUGAUAGUGGAUAUGUUCAAAUCAGGAGAUUUCUAAAUAUCUGAGAAUUUUCACUGUUUUAUCAUCAUUGAGAUGAAAAACACCCUGUUUGUCCAUCAGAGGGUGCGAUUAACAAAUGAUUGUUGCUAAUGGUUUGAAUUUCGUUUGGCAAAAAGCAACAUAUUUGCGCCGCUUUUAUAAACCAUUCAUAAUUGAAUUUGCGAUUAGGAUUUGAAACUAACAUUUUCUCCAAAACAAAAAGAACACGGGAAGCCAGCACUAAGAUAGCUUAUAAUCAACUAGAGUUAUCAAUAAUAUUCAAUGGGGUUUCGUUCAUAAAAGGUUGAUAUAUGAAUAGUGCAUGUAUUGAUAUUUUAUUGUUGCUUUGCAAAUAUUUAGUUUAGGUGGGAUAUUCUUCAUGUACAUCUAAUUUAUAAUUCUCCUCAUAAUUCGUGUAAUCGGAAUAUUUUCAUAUUCAUAAAAUUUACAUAUCCUCAUGGCAUAUUCGCUUGAGGAGAUUGUUGAAGCCAUUUUUGUUUCGUCUAUGAGAUGUUAGCAUUGUGACAUGUUUUAUUUUGUGUGUUGACUUCACAAUAAAAAGUUUAAUUGAAGUCGAGUCGUCGUAACAAAAAAAAAUGUUUUUCUACUGUUUCUGCGUAUUAAUCAGGUUGAACCUCGCUUGUUUGAACUUUGAUCUAUAUCUGUGACAUACACAGUUCAAAACAAUAGGUAUUUUCAGUGGCGGAACCGCCCCUGAUUUUAGAAUAUAGUUUUGUAUACAUUGAUACAUAGUCUUUUUCAAUCCUUGAAUAUACUUGCACAAAAAGUUCGAAUCGUGUUGAAUCAGUAAAUAUGCGGAUAAGUUUGCCCUAUAUAUUGGCAUUCUUCAAUAUCUAGAGCAUGACUUUAACUUUAAAAAAAAAUAAACUUUGUAAAAUCAAAAGGCGAAUGGAUCUUAGACUUAUCUACCCGAGUUCGUUGAAAGUCGAUUGAUAAUUAGGUAAACUAUCAUUAUGGAGGAAACAUUUUUUUUCAGUUUUGUAAAGAAAUAAGAGUGAGGCUCUUUCUUUAAGGUUUGUAGCUUUUAUUCUUUUCUCGUCAAUAUUUAUAGAUUUUUAUAUCUUGCAUAAAAAUAUUAUAUAUACAUUGACAUUUUGAAAGCCUAUAGAAUAUCUAACAAGAGUCAUUGAGUAAAGUUUGCUCACACAU